CCAAUAUACUACACCUCAGCCGACCUGCCACUCUCCUUCUGUGUUUACACCGAUAUCAUUUCCUUCGAUCUACUAUCGCCACCCACCUCCGAUCCCCCACCGGCAGAGAUUUUAUACCCGCUUCCAUGGAUACCCCGCCAGCCUUGCUAACUAGAUAAGCAGAUCUCAUCUGCUAUUAAAUCGCGUUCGUCGAUCUACAACUGAAAGAAGCGAAGUACCGAAGAUCUUCCAUUGGUCGAGUAGCGAAAUCUCCAGAUCGACUGAGAAUGAAAGAGAGGAUGAGAAGAGAUGGAUGAUGGUGGACACUGUGAGAACGGCAGGCACAAACUACCUCAGGGCCAGUGGGGGUUGAUGCAGCAUCAUCAGCCGACGAUGAAGCAGAUAAUGGCGAUCAUGGCCGAAAGAGAUGGUGCCAUACAAGAGAGAAACUUGGCCCUCUCCGAAAAAAAGGCUGCCCUGGCUGAACGGGACACCGCCAUUCUACAACGAGACACUGCCAUAGCUGAACGUAAUAAUGCUAUUAUGGAACGUGACAAUGCCAUCGCCACUCUUCACUAUCACGAGAACUCAAUGAAACACACCCACCACCAUCAUCACCCCCACAUGAUCGAAGCCGCUGCAGCAGCAUAUAAUAACUCUAGGGAUAUUAUGAUGCAACACAUGAGUGAUGUCAUACCAAUGGCACCGGCUGCUCCCGAGCCCUCUCCUCCCCCACUAAAGGUGGCUCGCCAGAACAAGCGUGCUAAAGAACCGAAACCCGCCGCCACGUCAUCCAACAGUAAAAAAACUUCAAAACCAUCAAAGAGAGUUAAGAAGGAAGAUGAUGAGCUUAAUAACAGACAACAUUUGGUGGUUGUGUCGAAACCUCCAGAUUGGAAGGACCAGGACUUGGGUUUGAACCAGGUUGCCUUUGACGAAACGAUUAUGCCGGUCCCUGUUUGUUCGUGUACAGGAGUUUUAAGGCCUUGUUACAAAUGGGGUAAUGGUGGUUGGCAGUCAUCUUGCUGUACGACCAAUCUGUCGAUGUAUCCUCUUCCUACUGUUCCUAACAAGCGCCAUGCCCGGAUUGGUGGAAGGAAGAUGAGUGGGAGUGCGUUUAAUAAGCUGAUAAGCCGUCUUGCUGCGGAGGGUCAUGAUCUGUCAAACCCGGUUGACCUCAAGGAGCAUUGGGCUAAGCAUGGAACCAACCGCUACAUCACCAUCAAAUAAAUUUUAAACAGGGAAGAUGCCUCUCUAUAAAAAAAUCUUCUUGUAUGUUAAGAUAAUGACUCCUCUCUCUCUCAUGCAUAACUGCUUUGUGUAGAAUGUAUUGUACUAGUAGUUGAUUUCAAAGCAAUUCUGGAUAUUACUUUAAACCAGUGUAUUUUGGAUGUUGUAUCAAGUUAGCUACUAAUUUGUUGUAAUGGCUUCUAUAGCGUUGUUAUUUUUAUCGCUGGAUGUAAUUCUGUAAAUCUUUUGUUUAUUCUUACUGCUCUGUUUGAAAGAUAAAAUUGUUAAGGAUUG